AAUUCCCUCCACACUUGUUUUCAGUCACGCUGGAGAAGAGGCCCCUCUGUUUCCCAGGCAUGACUACGGCGUGGAGAGUCCUGCUGCUGUGGGUUUGUGUCUGCAUCUGGCUUCCAGCCCAGGCCGGAGGAGCUUUGGUCAUUUCCAGCAGAAAUGUUCUGACACAGGAGACUGAAGAAGUUAUGGGCACCAGGUCAAUAAAGAAAAGAAGCACCGACUCUGCCAACGUGGAGGUGCACAGUGUGACAGUGGACUGCAAGGUGACGUCUCGUUUCGCCCACACCGUCAUGACCUCCAGGGCUCUGAACAAAGCCAACUCCUCCCAGGAAAUCUUCUUCGAAGUGGAGCUGCCCAAGACCGCCUUCAUCACCAACUUUACCAUGGAGACUGACGGUCAGAUGUACGUUGGGGAGGUGAAAGAAAAAGAGAAAGCCAAGAAACAAUAUGAUAAAGCUGUGUCCUCCGGGCAAACAGCUGGACUGGUCAAGGCCUCUGGGAGAAAGAUGGAGAAGUUUUCAGUGUCUGUCAACAUUGCAGCCAAAAGUAGCGUGGCUUUCAUUCUGACCUACGAGGAGCUCCUUCAGAGGAAACUGGGCCAAUAUGAAAUCCUGACUCGUGUUCAGCCCAAACAACCGGUGCAGGAGUUUAAGAUCGUGGCAGACAUCUAUGAGCCACAGGGGAUUGCUCAUGUUGAUGCCCAUGCAACCUUCCUCUCCAAUGAACUGCUCUCCCUGGUAGAGAAAACUGUCACAGACACAAUGGCACACAUCUCUUUCUCACCAACACUGGAGCAGCAGAUGAAGUGUCCAGGAUGUGAAGGCACCAUAAUCGAUGGCGAUUUCAUCAUCAAUUAUGACGUGAUACGAGAAGAGGGCCCAGGGGAAGUUCAGAUUGUAAAUGGAUACUUUGUGCACUUCUUCGCUCCCCCUGACCUGCACAGAGUCCCAAAGAAUGUGGUGUUUGUGAUCGACAGGAGCGGAUCGAUGAGUGGAAGAAAGAUUGCACAGACCAGGGAGGCAUUGGUUGCCAUUCUGAAGGACCUCCACCAGGAGGACCACUUCGCUCUCAUCAUGUUUGAUAAUGACAUUGUCACCUGGAAGAACUCUCUCAGCAAAGCAACACAGAAAAACGUGACAGAAGCCAUCGCCUACGUGAACAAACUAAGAGACAACGGAGCCACUGAUAUCAAUAGUGCUGUACUGAGGGCAGUGAGCAUGCUGAAGAGCCAAAGAGAAAAAAAGAUGCUUCCAGAGAGAAGUGUGGAUAUGAUUAUUUUACUGACUGAUGGGAUGCCAAACCAUGGGGUGUCCCACGUCCCAACAAUCAGGCAGAAUGUACACAAAGCCAUCGAGGGGAAGAUGUCUCUGUUCUGUCUUGGAUUUGGAAAUGACGUGGACUUCUCCUUCCUGGAUGUGAUGAGCAGAGAAAACAAGGGACUGGCCCGCAGAAUAUUUGAGGGUUCAGAUGCAGCCAUUCAGCUCAAGGGUUUCUAUGAGGAAGUGUCGAACCCUCUGCUCUUGGAGGUGGACCUGCGUUAUCCUGACAAUGCAGUGGAUGGCUUGACCAAAAACCACUUCAGCCAGUUGUUUAACGGCUCAGAGAUUGUGGUUUCUGGUCGGCUGACAGAUAAUGACAUCGAUAACUUCUCAGUGGAAGUGUUUGGCCAGGGGCCUGACAAGGACCUCCAAGUAUCGGCAAAGGCCAGAGUGGUAAACUGGGAGUCGACCUACCCAGAACAGGAGUACAUCUUUGGGAAUUUUACAGAGCGUUUGUGGGCAUACCUCACCAUCCAGCAGCUACUGGAGGGCAGUGACAUUGGUACUCAGCAAGAUAAAAACGUUACGGCAACUAAGGCACUGGACAUGUCCCUGCGGUACAGCUUCGUCACCCCUCUCACCUCCAUGGUGGUCACCAAGCCUGAAACUGAGGAUGGAGCAGAUAAAACUCUCAUCGCUGACAAGCUGACUGAGGACCAGCGACAGAAAGCAGAGAGACACCAAAGUUCCUCAGCCAGGUCAUCUAGUGCCAGUGCUAGCAGGGCUCAAGGCAGUUCCCGCAGAGCUGGUUUCAGUCGCCAGUCUCAGGCAGAUGUGGACGGAGACCCUCACUUCAUGAUAGAGCUACCAAACAGAGAUGACGCUCUGUGCUUCAACAUCAACGACAAACCAGGAACCAUUUUCACUCUGGUCAGAGACCCAAAAUCAGGCUUUUUGGUGAAUGGCCAAAUUAUUGGAAAGAAGAAAGUUGUUCUAGAUGGUAAAACCAACACCUACUUUGGGCGUUUUGGUAUCAGCCAUCAGAAGCUGGGAGUGAGGCUGGAGGUGAGCACUCAGGACAUCUCAGUCCUCCACGAUGGCAGGCAGGUCAGGAUGCUGUGGUCUGAUACAGCCUCUAUCAAAGAAACCAAUAUGGACCUCAAGUUAACAAAGAACUGCAGCCUGACGGUGACACUGAGGCACUCUGUUAAAUUUACAGUCAUCAAACACACAAAGGUGUGGAAGAGACGCCAUGAUCAACAAGACUACCUGGGUUUCUACACAGUGGACAGCCACCACAUGUCUCCUUCAGUUCAUGGCCUGCUAGGUCAAUUCUACCAUGGGAUUGAGUUUGAGGUGACAGACCUGCGCCCAGGUGAAGUGCAGGAGAAAUUAGAUGCCACCAUGUAUGUGAAGGGACGAACAGUCAACGUGACCAGACACUGGCAGAAGGACUUUAGCAGGGAUGUGAAGAACGGAGAAAGUAUUCCCUGCUGGUUUGUUGACAAUGACGGAACAGGCCUCAUUGAUGGAAGAGCCUCAGACUACAUUGUGUCAGGGCUUUUUAAGACUGUUUGAAUCUUGAAAAUUGAAAUUCUCAUCAUGGUCCAUCAAUACGGUGACAGUGUUGCGUGGAGAGAUGGUGCAGAUUAUAAUGGGUCGCAGCGUGUCACCAUUAAAAGGUUACACAAAGGUCACAAGGAGAAACAAGGAUUAUAAAAACACUGAGUUUUAAGAUAAUACAAAAUGAAUUUAUUAUGAAUUUAUAUUCUAACUAGUGCAAUUUUUUAAAUAACUGUACAGUUAUGUCUGAGGAGCAUAUUCACUACAAUGAAAAUGAGUGUAAUUUGAGCUGUAAUACAAGGUGAAGAGUGUUUUAUAUAGUUCAUAUACAUUCACUAAUAAACUAAAUAUGUUCAGUAAAGUACCUCACAUACCAAAUUAACUUGUCUUAACAUGUCUUUGUAAUCAAAUAAAAGUUUUCUGUUAAAAAAAAA